AGAAGAAGAAAAUAAAAAGCAACGAGUUUCCAAGGAGAAAGCACGUCCUUUUAAGUGCAUGCUUUGUUCAUUCAAUGUAUUGGCUCUUGUUCAAUCUGUGCAUAGAAAAUUGGAAUCUUUGCUACAUACAUUGAUUGAUGGAAAACCAUGUUGUUGAAGGAAACCCCUCUCAUGUUCCUCGCACCUUCAUCGAUUCUACUUGGAAGGAUGCAAAUUAUAAACGAAGAGCCAUUGCAAGCCUUAUACAGGCAGUUUACUUACUCGAACUCGAUAGACAGGAGAAUAGAACAAAAGAAAACUCUCUAGCUCCAGAUUUUUGGAUUCCUUUCAAGUAUAAGCCGACGCAAACAUUGAUUGAUGAAAGAGAUGGAUCCAUUUUCGGUGCAAUAUUUGAAUUUGAUCGAUUUGCAUCAUUGUCUGAAUUGAAACCGUUUAAACCAAUUGGUGCCCCUAGAGCUGUUUUAGCACUCAGAGGAACAUUGAUCAGAUUACCUACAAUGCGAAGAGAUUUUGAAGAUGAUCUCCGCUUUGCUGCUUGGGAAAGCUUGAAGGACUCUGUGAGGUUUAAAGUCGCUAUCGAUGCAGUAAAAUCAGUUUCUGAUAAAUAUGGAAGCAGAAACGUAUGCAUUGCAGGGCAUUCUUUAGGGGCCGGAUUCGGUCUUCAAGUCGGAAAGGAAUUGGCAAAGGAAAGGAUUAAUGUGGAAACACAUUUAUUCAAUCCACCUUCUGUUUCACUCGCAAUGAGUCUUGGAAAUAUUGGAGAAAAGGCUGAAUAUGUUUGGAAUAGAGUCAAAUCUAUGCUUUAUUCAGCUAGUGAAGCUCAUGUCAACAAUGAUGUGGACGAGAAUUACAUUAUACGAUUGAAAAGAAUGAUACCUCGAUUAUCACGCUUGAUGGAUGCUGGUUUCGGAACAGGAAAAUGGGUUCCUCAUCUUUAUGUUAACAGCAAAGAUUGGAUCAGUUACUUUUAUAUCCAUACUGAUGGAGCAAGAGAGAAGAUCACCGAGGUGGAGAAUAUAAAUCCUACAAAUGAGCAAAAUGAAGCCAAGUUGUUUGUUGUCUCAAAGGAAGACCAGAAAUUUCUCGAGGCUCAUGGCCUUAAACAAUGGUGGUCAAGUGACGGUAGUAACCUAGAGCUUAAGCACAAUAUCUGCAAUAGCAAACUCGUAAGCAUGCAACUUAAAUCUUUGAACGCCGGUACACCUUCUCAGGUAAUACUAUUCUAUUAUCCACAAUAUGUUUCAUUAGCCGCAAGUCGCAUCAAUAUUAGAGAAGCGACAUAUUAUGCUUGGAAUAUGCUUAAAUGUUUGCCUCAUUUAAGAGGUAAAACUCAAAUUAACAAUGAUGGAGAAGAGACUUCAGGUAUAGGUUUGUUGAAUUGGAUUCCUCAAUUAUCUGGCUUGAAGGAUACUGGUUAUUGGGUGUGCAAAUGGGUUCCUCGUCUAUAUGGCGCAGAAGAGAAGGUGGUUAGAAAGGAGAAUAUGGAUCCUGAAGACGAGCGAAUUGGUUCGAAGGUGUUCAUUGUCUCGAAGGAACAACUGAAAUUUCUUGCAGCUCAUGGUUUGGAACAACGGUGGCCAAAUGACGCAGAACUUCAGAAAACUAUCCGCGAUGGAAAACUCAUAAGCAGGCAUAUGAAAUAUCUAUACACUAGUACACCUUGGGAAGUAACAAAAGGAUCAAAUCGUUCUUUUCUUUCACUUCCAAUUUGUCUUAAAAACAUUGGAGAAAAAGAAGAAUUUGUAUGGAAAUGGGAUAGUAUUAAAUCCAUACUUCUUUCAAGCAGUGAAAAUCAGGUGAAAAAUAAUGAUUUCAACAAAACAUCAGGUGUAGCAUUGAAGAGUUGGAUGAUGCCUCCACUAUCAGGCUUCAUGGAUGCUGGUUUCGCUGCAGUCAAAUGGAUUCCUCAUAUGUAUAGCAAUAACAGUGACUAUAUAAGCAAACGAUUAAGAUCUUUAAACUUUGUUACCCCUUCAGAAGUAUCACAUAUGUUUAAUCUACCUUAUGUUUCACCAGCCAUGAUGAGUCUUGGAAAUGCUGGUGAAAAAGCAAAAUAUUUCUUGAACAGACUUGUAUCUACGUAUCCUUCAAGUAAUGAAGCUCAAGUUAGCAAUGAUUCAGACAAGACUUCAUAUGUAGGUAUGAAGGGUUGGAUACCUUCAUUAUCUGGCUUGAAGGAUGCUGCUUUUGGGGUUGGAAAAUUGGUUCCCUAUUUGUAUGCUAAAAAGAGUGGUGGGAAAGGAGAGAAGAUGGUUGAAAAGGAGAACAAGGGUACUUUGAAAUAAUACAGGAAAAUCCCAAAGUUAAGAAUGGAUUUAUUCCAUAGUUUGCAAAAUGACUAGUUUUCAAUCUUAACAAUGUAGUAUGUUUCUUUUAAAAAAAAAUGUAGUAUGUUUUUCCUUGUGAAUUCAAAUCUUGUUAAGUUUUGGUUUUCUUUUAAUAUAUGGUUGUUGAGACAGUGACUCGAUUGAUGUCGAUUUGAAUUGAUGUCGAUUUGAAGAGAUGAGUUUUAAAAGAUGUCUA